CAACAGAGCAAUGCAAUAGUCUGGGGUCCGAACUGGAAAGCCUGGCGUAGAAAGGGAUGCUAAAUGAGUACAUCCAAAGAGUUGAACAGCCUCGAUUCGUCAGGGAACAAGGGACACAGCAUCAAGGAAUCCGCAACCCCCCAAACAGGCAAGGUGUGGGAUAUCAACAGGCCCCACCACCACUCCCACCACCAGCUAGAGUCAUACAUAUGAUUACGGGAGGUCUGGAAGCAGGUGGACUGAGCUCUAAGCAGAGAAAGUUGUACGUCAGAGAGGUUAAGCACCAGAACCGAAGUCAGAAGCGCAAAUUUGACGAUGCUGAAUGGAAGACUCAACCCAUCACUUUCACAUCUGUUGAUCUCGAAACAGUUGUCACACCUCACAAUGAUCCUCUAGUUACUUCUGUCACGAUCAACAAUUGUGAAGUACAACGAGUCCUUGUUGACACCGGGAGUGCACCAGACAUCAUGUACUUCCAUUGUUUUGAGAGUCUUAGGAUAGAUCCGGCUCUGUUGCAGCGGUAUGAUGGUCCCAUCUACGGGUUCAACAACCAACCAGUCCCCGUUGAAGGAGUCCUCACCAUGAAUGUUGCAUUUGGGAGUGGCCGAAGUUAUGUGACCCCUACAGUGAGGUUUUUAGUGGUCAAGAUGGCGUCCUCUUUCAACGCGGUCAUUGGCCGACCUACACUAACUGAGAUCCGAGCCGUGGUUUCCCAGUCUCAUCUAUGCAUGAAGUUCCCAACUCCUACGGGAAUAGCAACACUGCGAGGCAACCAGGAGGUGGCCAGGCAUUGCUAUAUCACCUCGGUAACACAACCUCAGAAGGACAAGGCUCAGACACCCGAGAUUAAUCCCAAACAGAUACCUGAUGAUCGGCAAGUUAUGGGUGUUGAGAUAGUAGAUAACCGACCAGAAGAUGAAACCAGAGCUGCUCCGGUUGAAGAUGUGGAGGAGGUACAGAUUAAUGACAGAGAUCCGAGCAGGAAAACGCAAAUUGGGACUAAAUUGAGCUCGGAAGAAAGAGCAGAGUUAAUAGCUUUUCUUUGGGCCAAUAACGAUGUUUUUGCAUGGACUUCAGCAGAUAUGCCGGGAAUCCCCACUUCAGUUUUUCAACAUAAACUCAGCACCAAUCCCCUCAAAAAACCAGUAGCCCAGAAGCGACGCCUUUUCGGGGGGGAGAGGUUAAAGGUUAUCAAAGAAGAAGUCGAGAAACUCCUACAAGCCGGCUUUGUCAGAAGGGUAGAUUAUUGUGAAUGGGUCGCCAAUCCGGUACUAGUGAAAAAAGCAAACGGUAAAUGGCGAAUGUGCAUUGAUUACACUAACCUCAAUGAUGCAUGUCCAAAGGAUUGUUAUCCAAUGCCAAACAUUGAUAAGCUGGUUGAGGCAGCUUCAGGGAAUGAAAGAUUAAGUCUCUUGGAUGCAUACUCAGGCUACCACCAGGUCCCAAUGGCUCUUGAGGAUGAAGGAAAAACCUCGUUCUAUGCUGGUGAUGAGAUCUACUGCUAUGUAAUGAUGCCCUUCGGCUUGAAGAAUGCAGGCGCCACUUACCAGAAGAUGGUUACCAUCGUAUUCCGAGCUCAAAUAGGACGGAAUCUAGAAGUUUAUGUUGAUGAUAUAGUGGUGAAGAGUUUGAAAGCUGACGAUCACUUAACCGAUCUUGCGGAGACAUUCAACAAUCUUAGACAGAAUAGAAUGAGGUUAAACCCAGCCAAAUGCAUCUUUGGUGUGGAAUCCAGAAAAUUCCUGGGUUUUAUGGUUUCCCGGAGAGGGAUCGAGGUCAACCCAGAGAAGAUCAGAGCAAUUGCCGAGAUGGAACCGCCGAAGUCACUAGCCUUGGAAUUAAAACUCAGUGCGAUCCAAGUAUACAGUGACUCCCAUCUGGUGGUGAACCAAAUUAACUCAAUUUGCGAAGUUGUUGAUCCUGUGAUGGUGAAAUAUGUAGCUCUGGUGGCGGAGCUGAAGUGCAAAUUCCAGAAAUUCUGUUUGAGCAAAAUUCCCCGAACUGAGAAUGAACAGGCGGAUUCACUCUCUAAAAUCGCCUCUGAUAGUUCUUCACAUUCCAGAUCAGUCUUUGUGGAGGUCUUAGAUGAACCAAGCUUCGUGAAGCCGCGAGUGAUGGAGAUCAGCACCAACCCAGGCACACCGAGCUGGACGGACCCAAUCCUUUCGUUCUUACGAGAUGGGAUAGUACCUGAGGACAGGCAGGAGGCAAUGAAGUUGAGGAGGAAAGCAUCCCGGUAUACACUUGUUGAUGGGGUUCUCUAUAAGCGAUCUUUCUCUCUACCUCUUCUACAGUGCUUAAAUCCCUAUGAAGCAGAAUAUGCACUCAGGGAGGUACAUGAAGGUGUCUGUGGAAGUCACAUAGGUGCCCGAACUUUGGCUCAUAAAGUCCUUAGACAGGGUUAUUACUGGCCAAACAUGUACAAGGAUGCCACCCUCUUUGUUCAGAGAUGUCUGAAAUGCCAGUUCUUUGCGCACCUGACUCACCAGCCUGCAGAAGAGCUCACUACUCUGGUAGCACCAUGGCCAUUUGCUCAGUGGGGGUUGGAUCUUCUGGGACCAUUCAUAAAAGGGGUUGGUGGUGUAACCCACUUAAUUGUUGGUGUAGAUUAUUUCACAAAAUGGGUUGAAGCUCGGCCGUUAUCCAGUCUUACUUCUAAGAAGGUUGAAGACUUUGUUUUCAGCUCCAUUAUCUGUAGAUAUGGGAUCCUGAAUCAGAUUGUGGCUGAUAACGGAACUCAAUUUAACUGCACCUCUUUUCGAGAUUUCUGUUCCAGCUAUGGGAUUAAACUACAGUUCACCUCGGUUUACCAUCCAGAGUCCAAUGGCAUGGUCGAAUCUGUUAACAAAUGCAUCUUAGAAGGUAUAAAGCCGAGGCUGGAACAACACAAGGCCAAAUGGGCGGACGAGAUCAACAACGUCCUCUGGGCAUACAGAACUACGAGUCGAACUGCCACAGGUGAAACACCCUAUCAUCUGGCCUUUGGAACCGAAGCAGUCAUUCCUGUCGAGAUAGGAGUUCCAAGCCUCAGAGUCACCCAUUUCGAUGAAGGACAGAAUGGACAACUGCUUCGGGAGAGCCUUGAUCUACUUGAUGACCUCAGAGAAGAAGCACGACUUCGGACUCUAGUCUACAAGCAGAAAAUAGCAAACUUCUACAACAAACGAGUUCGACCCCGAACAUUCAAACUAGGAGACCUUGUCCUCAGGAAAGCUGGUCUGACCGGGUUCGAAACUCGAUUUGGCAAGUUGGCGCCGAACUGGGAAGGACCCUACACUGUCGCCGAAGUGCCACACCCAGGUGCUUAUAUCCUACGGGAUACUAAAGGAAAGAGGGUUCCUAGAGUCUGGAACGUCAAUAAUUUGAAGAAAUUUUACCCUUAAUGCAUCUAGUUCUAGUAAACUUUGGCUCAUGUUUAUUCAUUGUUCUUCCAUUUGAGACCGAACUCAAUUACUUCACAUCAUUAAUAAACUUCACUUCACAUU